CCGCUACCCUCUACAUCGCUACCGCCGCCACCGUCCUCGCCACGAUGUGACAUGGAUAUCCUAGCUGUAGCCUGCGCCCUCGUCGCCACGGCCCUCUACUGCAACACCCUUCAAGCUGGUUUCGUCUACGAUGAUCGAAGGGCCAUCCUGACGAAUCCGGACCUGCUGGCCAGCACACCGUGGGAUCGGCUGCUGGAGAACGACUUUUGGGGAACGCCCCUGAACGAUCGAGGCUCCCACGGCAGCUACAGACCGCUCUGCGUGGCGACGUUUCGUCUGAAUCAUCUGCUGAACGGUCUCGAGCCGUGGGGCUACCAUUUGGUGAACGUCGCUUUGCACGCGGCUUGCACCGUGCUCGUGGUCAGAGUAGCCAGGAAGGUUUUGCCAGGAAGAAACAAUCUCGGGCACGCAAUCACCGGGUUCCUUUUCGCGGCACACCCGAUUCACAGCGAAGCCGUGGCCGGCAUAGUUGGUCGUGCCGACAUUCUCGCCUGCUUACUGACCUUGGCAGCCUUCCUGGCGUACUGCGCCCACUGCGAUCAGGCAAGAUCGCCGUUUCUCUUGCUGCUGGCCCUCGUCUCUUCGACUCUGGCCACCCUCGCCAAAGAAACCGGAAUAUCCUCCCUCGCCCUGUGCCUCCUUUGGGAACUUUGUCGCGGCGAAUCGAACCGAAAGGUGAACUGCGGCCUGACGCGCGCCCGCAGCGUGGGCGUCCUCUCCGGAAGUCUGGCCCUUCUGGUCCUCGGCAGGCUGAGGAUCACGGGUACGAGGCCGGAAUUCGCCAGCGCGGACAAUCCCACUGCGAGACAUCCGUCUCGUUUAACGCGAGGUCUGACGUUCCUCUAUCUACCCGCGGCCAGCGUAAAAAUGUUGCUCUGCCCCAGCACGUUGAGCUUCGACUGGUCGAUGGACGCCGUGCCGAGGGUAACUAGCAUCCUGGACGUCAGGAACCUCGAGUCGGUUUGCCUGUACGCGGCGUUGAUCGGUACGUCGAUCUGGGCCAUCAGAACUCUUCGUCGCUCGGCCAGAGACUCUUCGUUGAGCUUGGUGCAGGCUUACCCGCGUUACGCGUCCAGGUGCCCCGUUUGCGCCGGAAGACGUGCCGGGGGCUGCCACACGGACGGCUGUCGAGCCGCGAACAACAACAACGGCCCGUUCGGCGAUUGUCACUGCGCGAAGAGAACAGGGCUGGGGUCUUCGAUGACCUCGAGCAACGGAUUCGCGAGCAGACAAGCUGCCGCGACGAGUGUCGUGGUAUCGCUGGGCUUCCUCGUGCUUCCCUUUCUUCCCGCCAGCAACCUCUUCUUCUACGUGGGCUUCGUUAUAGCCGAGAGGAUUCUCUACUUGCCCAGCGUUGGCGCCUGCCUGAUCGUAGGAGCCUCCAUAUCUGGAUGUUAUCGAAUAGCCAGGAAAAGCGGGUCCAGAAGGCGAGGCAGAUCGGUAUUGCUCGCCACGGUCGUGCUGGUGUCCCUUAUGUCGGCGAAGACGAUCCUCAGGAAUGCCGACUGGUUCGACGAGGAGAGCCUCUACAGGUCCGCUCUCAACGUUAAUCCGCCGAAGGCUUAUGGUAAUUUGGGCAGCAUCCUGAGCGCCCAGGGACGAGUUGCGGAGGCGGAAGAGGCGUUCGUCCAGGCGCUUCGUUAUCGACCGAACAUGGCGGAUGUGCACUACAAUCUGGGAAUUUUACAGCAAGGCAGAAAAAAUUACGAUGAAGCCAUUCUGAGUUACCAGCGAGCGAUCCAUUUCCGACCUUCGUUGGCUCAGGCUUACGUGAAUCUGGGCGCGGCGCUGGCCACGGUCGGACGUGGAACGGAGGCUGCUGCGGUUUUGCGGACAGGUGCAUCCUUGGACGGGUCUGGUCUCAAGGACAAAAGGGCUCACGAGGCGGCGAGAGUGCAGGCCCUCCUUCAAUUAGGCGCCCUCUACGCCGAUCAGGGUAGAUUACAAAGGGCCUUGUCCGCGUACAGAGAAGCUCUCCACGCCAUGCCGGAUCACUAUCCACCUCAGAGCGUUUACAAUCUGCUGGGGGAAACUCUGUCGAGGCUGCAACAGUACGCGGAAGCGGAAAGGUGGUUCCAGGCGAGUUUGGCCAGCCAGCCUGACCACGUGCCGGCCCACAUCACUUAUGGGAAACUUUUGGCCCGAAACUCGAGCCGCGUGCUGGAGGCCGAGAGAUGGUUCCUGAGAGCCCGCAGGCUGGCGCCGGAUGACUCGAGCGUCCACCAUCAUUACGGGCUGUUCCUGACGUCGCAGGGGCGGCUAUCGGAGGCUGCGGAGGAGCAGCUCCGAGCUGCCGAACUUUCCAGAUCCGAUUACGAGCUAUCGAUGGCGGCAGCGUCGGCGCUGCGUCAGGCGGCCCGUCUCGAAGACGCGGAGGUCUGGUACAGACACGCCGCCAGUCUGAGGCCCCACGAGGCGCGAAGUCACACGAACUUGGGCGCCAUUCUUCACCUGAACGGCAAAUACAAGCAGGCAGCGGCAGCGUACAGCGAAGCUUUGAGGCUGCAGCCAGGCGACGCCACUACCAUCAUGAAUCUCCACAAAUUGGCGGCGAUUCUGGCGUGACCUCUCGACACUGGCAACGGUGUCGCCGCGGCCACCACGAGAGACAGCGACCAGAGGAACGAGUGCGUGUAUCAUACGACCCCAGAAAAGACCCACUAUCGACUCGCCGUACUUCCUGACCCCACGUCUCCCCGAUCUUCCUCCCGAUAUUCGUUUAUAUCCGUCGACCGGCGCAGCAAUGUCACGAGGCCGACGUCCUCGGGGACCUUGGCGCGCUGUCGACUCGUAUCGCCUGCUAUGGUAUGUAAAGAAUAAAGCUUCCUUUAUUUUUCUCUAA